AUGUCAGGGAAGAGGUGGGUGCUGUCGUUUGUAUCCUCAUCUUCGGAGUUGGAAAGAUGCCCAGGCGAUGCGGGAGAGUUCAGCCCCGCUGACGUGGCACCAGGGCUGCUCUGCUAAGCUAACAUUUGCUUUUCAGGAGUCAGGUUCCCAAUCUGUUUCAACACAGUUAGGGAACACGUGUUGAAUUCAGAGAGCCCAAGACCUGGGAGCCCAGGGCUUGCUCCUCUGGUGUCCUGGGAAGCCAUGUGGUCCUGCCCUGGUGGCCUCUGA